AUGGGCAGUGGUUAUUUUGGAGAGCCAAACAUGGGAAAUCAUCAUCAUGGAGGAAGUGGUGGGUCUUCGUCGUCGAGAAAGGGGAAGAAGAACAACAGUUCAUCAUCAGAGAAGCCGAAGCAGCCGCAGAGAGGGCUCGGCGUUGCUCAGCUGGAGAAGAUCAGGCUAACUGGUCAACUGGGUUGCACCACCAAUAACAACAACAACAACAACAACAACAACAACAACAACAACAAAAACAACUAUUAUCAUCAUCACCCUUCUUCCUUCUCUUAUUCGUCACCUCAUCAGCUGCCUUCUUACGGCUACAACCAAAACAUCAUGGGACAGAUGGGAAUUGGAGAUUAUGAUCAGAGAACGAACGAUAUCAGAUAUUAUGGCGAUUCACAACCUUCCACUGUUGCAAGGUAG